UGUUACGAUAACAGUUGGUUAGUGGCGUAGUCACUCGUAACUCGUAGGCGUGGGCAGUCCGAGUAAUUAAUCGUUACGACUUGACGCGAGUUUCGAAGUUCUCAUAAAGUGAUCUCCAAUUCCCAAGAGAAUGGCCAACAAAACAAGCUUGCCUAUUUUAUUAUUAGUAUUAUUCGUUUUCUGUUGCAUUCAGCAAGGAUUGUCUAUCAAGUGCUGGGUUUGCAGGUCUGAUUCUGAUCCAAAAUGUGCAGAUCCAUUUGAUAAUACCACUGUACCAAUAACUGACUGUAAACAAGAACCAGACUUAGAACAUUUGCCAGGUGUAAGGCCUACCAUGUGCCGUAAAAUUCGUCAGAAAGUCAAUGGGGAAUGGAGAUAUUUUCGUAGUUGUGCUUACAUGGGAGAACCAGGAAUUGAGGGGGAUGAGAGAUUUUGUCUUAUGAGAACAGGGACGUACAAUAUAUUUAUGGAAUAUUGCACUUGUAAUAGCAAAGAUGGCUGCAAUACAGCCUGGUCCAAUCAUGGGAGCGUAUUUGCUUCAAUUGUAAGUUUAGCAAUUUCCUUAAGAUACGUACUUGUUUAUACUUAACAAUCUCAACCAAAGACUAUCGAUAGAUCUGAUUAAACGUCUAUUUAAACAUAUUUUUUUUACGAUAUGAAGAUUCAUUUGUACUUACUAAUUCUUCUUGACAAUUGUAUGAUGUGAACUUCAGGGAAGUAGCAAUCUCACUUGGAAAUUAGACUGAGUAUUCUCUCACAAAACUAUUUUAUACCAUUGAUUGAUUCUUUUUUUUAUAAGCAUUUUAAAGUGCCUCUUUGUGCCUUACUAGAAAGAUGAUAACAAUCAAGAUAUUUUUAAGAUAUUUUUUAGUAAUUUUAGAAUGUUGCAAAGAUAUAUUUUUAACUUUCCUCAGAAUAUUGCAAUUUUUUUAUAGAAAUAUAUUUUUAAUAAUUUUUAAUACAAACAUAUAUAUGCUUGUAUCAGACAUAUAUAUGCUUUAAUUUAGACUUGCGUAGUACAAAAGAAAGAUAUAUCAAUCAAAUGUAUUGAAUUAACACUAACAUUUAGCACAGUACAAGUAAUAUUGUAAAUUCCGUCCAUUAUAAAAUCAUAAAUGUAAUGUUAGUAUAAAAUGAUCGUGCUUCUCAUAUUUUUAUAUGCAUUUUCUACAAGUAUAGUUAAUUAUUAAAUAACAGAAAAGUAUGAUUGAUUGUAUAAUGAAUCAUUCCUUUAUACGUUUGUACAUGUGUAUGAUAAAAAAAAAAGAAAAGAAUGAAUAAAGAUAUAUGGAAAACAUUACGUGUAAGAAAAUAAAGAUCAUCCUUUAUGUAUAACAACAGGUGUAUUACAUAUAAAAUAUAUCUCUGUUAUACAAAUGUGUGUGUUAAUACAAAUCUUUUGGUGUGACUGUUUAGGCGUUAAACAUACUUCUUGAAAUAUAAUUAAUUUCCAUAACAAAAUACAUAUACAAUUAAUUACAGCAAUAUAAAUAAUCUAUUACAAUAAUUAUAUAUGAUAUAUUAAUACGUUAAUACUUACAUUAAUGCUUAUAAUUGAAACAAUGAGCAAAAUAUAUGUGUCACUAUCAGUUCUACCAAACAAAUUCAAAAAAUUCAUAAUAUAAAAUACUUUUCCACUGAUUUUGUAACUCAUCUUAAAAAUAUCUCAAUACAGAGUGUUAAUAGAAAAUUAAAAGUCGAGAUCCAAAAUAAAAACGCGUCGCUAUAUCCACAUUGUAUGUCGUCUUUACUUAGCAGUUAAAAAUUGAUUGCUUGGAAUUCCCUCCGGCACGGAAUUUAGUCGAUCUCUUCGUUUAUUCAUUUCAUCAUUAAGAUUUUGUGAAUGUCGCAUUUAUUCCUAUUAAAAUAUAUAUUUCUAUACUGGUAGGCACUUAUUGGACGGUUCCAUCAUUCCGAUCCUCGACAGAAAUUUCCAAACAAGGUUACGAUCGCGAUUUCUCUGCCUUGGAAUCGGGGACGGUUGUGUAAAACGAUCGAUAUGUACAAACAAAUGGGUAAAAUACUUUUGUUCAAGUAUGUCGCCUUGCGACAAAAUCAUAAGAUCCAGUGAAAAUAAAAUCAAGCGAAAAUAAA